GCUAAUAUAUUUGCCAAUAGAAGAGCGGUGACGUCAGACGCAGAGGGGAAGUCGACGCGCUCCAGUGAAGUCGAAGGCAAAAAGAGGCGAUAUGAAGGCAGCAGUCAUCAGCUGUCAGACACAACAACAAUUGUGGUGAGCUGAUGGGGCGGGCGGUGUGGGCGGUGCUGCGGAUGGUGGCCCGCCAGGGAGCCGCUGCAUCAAAAUCAAGCGUACCUGUUCGUGCUCAGGCAGCUUGUCGUCCACCGCUGACUUCUUCUUUGCGGACUUCGUCCAGUAACGCCAGGCGGCCUCAGUCUUCAGCCAGCAUGCCUGAGAUCACCAUAGACCACCUGGACCAGAAGCAGGUGCAGCUGCUGUCUGAGAUGUGCAUCCUCAUCGACGACAACGACCAACGGGUCGGCGCCGACACAAAAAAAAACUGCCACCUCAACUCCAACAUUGACAAAGGGUUGUUGCACAGAGCUUUCAGCGUCUUCCUCUUCAACAGUGAAGACAAGCUGCUCCUCCAGCAGCGCUCUGAUGCCAAGAUCACAUUUCCAGGCUGUUUCACCAACACGUGCUGCAGUCACCCCUUGCACACAGACAGUGAGCAGGACGAGAGCCAGGCCGUGGGAGUGAGGAGAGCUGCUCAGAGGAGACUCCAGGCUGAACUGGGUAUUCCCAUGGAGCAGGUAACCCCCGAUGAAAUGACCUACCUGACAAGGAUUCACUACAAAGCCCAGUCAGACGGCGUUUGGGGAGAGCAUGAGAUUGACUACAUCCUUUUCAUGCAGAAGGACGUGGAUGUGAGUCCAGACCCCAAUGAAAUCCAAAGCCACUGUUAUGUGAGCAAAGAGGAGCUCCAGGAGAUGCUGGACAAGGCCGAGCGUCAAGAGCUGAAGAUAACUCCCUGGUUUAAACUCAUCGCAGAGACCUUCCUCUUCAAGUGGUGGGACAACCUUCAGAACCUCAAACAGUUCAUGGAUCACACCAACAUCCACCGCAUGUGACUCAGACCUCCAUGACGGUACUUUUUGUGUAGCACUACUAAGGAGAACAUCAAACGUCACUAGGACUGUGAUCAUGUGACACUAUUUGUGCUGUGGGAUUGUGUGACAGCAUCUCAUUUGCAUAAUUGGCCUUCACACAAAACUCUGUGAGUGGAAGAGUGAAACUCAGCUUCUGGGGGAUUUUUUCAAUAAAUGUUUCAAACUUGU